AUGCAGUCUCCUGACCUGCAAUCGCCAGACCGAGAUGUCUCGCCCUCCGAAUCGAUCCAGACCCUGCCAACAGCGGCCUCCGCUCUGAGGCUGCCUAAGCGGCAGAACGCCUUUGAGGGACACCCGCUCGCACAGAAUGAAACGGGUCUGCCGUAUCGGAGAUCCAAUCCCUCGGCUGCCUCGCUCUUCGCCUCGACACAGACGCCACCAGGGUCGCGAUCCGAGUCGCCCGUCGGACGGGGUGGCUCGCCAGCCAGGAACCUCUCGGGUCCUAUCUUUAGCGGCUCCGGGGCCAGGUCGCUCAUUGAUAGCGCGGCAGACAGCCCGGGUGAUCCGCUGAACCUGUUGCUCCAGUCCUACGUGCCCCACAUCGCCAUCUACACCUCGCAAGAGACGACCAACUUUGCGAACGACAAGGGAUUCAAGAACGGACUAUGGGAGCUUUUGCGACCUUUUGGCGAGAGGGUGCAAGGCAAGAUCACCAUCAGGGACAGCAACGGCUCGAGCCGCGCGUGGGAGGACUACUCGAUUCGAUUCGUGCCGUUCGGCGACAACAUUGAGGCCCCGGAUGCUAGUGCGCCGACGACUGCGAACGGGCUUUCCGAGAGCGCGGCCAGAGAGAAGAAGAAGCUGGACGAUGUCGAGGCCGUUGUCGAGCGCCACCUGCGCAACUAUAUGUAUUCACUCCUGAGUAUGCCUCAUCACGGACACCUGACGAGCCUGGGAGUCGACAUUGAAGCGACGUCGCCUUACUACUCGCUCUAUCUGCGGAGGUUACUGUCCGGCAUCCCCAUUUCGCCGCAUGAAACCUUCUCGCACCCCAUUGCUUGCGUCAUUGCUAUCAGCUCGCGAAGCAAUAUACCGCUGCCAAGGAGUGACUGGAUGACCGCCGAGGAGGAACUGGCAGACAUCAAGAGGAGUGACGAGCAAGAAGACUUCGAGGACCCGACGAGGCACAUCUUUGAGUCGGAUGCUACUGCGAUCCGGACAUUUGUUCGCGAAAUGGUCACGCAGUCCAUCAUCCCCACGAUGGAGCGUCACGUAUCAGUCUGGAACGACCAGGUAGCGUCAAGGCGGCGCGGCAUCGCAGGACGCUUCAUGAACCUGUCGCGAAAAUGGGGGGGCUUCGGCGGCAGCUCGAGGACAUCAGUGGGUGGGAGCGGCAGCACGAGCAGCUUCGAGUCACAGGGCUACUACCGACCCGAUGCACCCGAAGCCAUCAUGCGCAAGCUGGCGGACUAUGCCUUCAUGCUGCGCGACUGGAAGCUGGCGCACUCGACCUACGACCUUCUGCGGUCCGACUUUAGCGACGCCAAGGCAUGGAAGUACCACGCCGCGACAAACGAGAUGGCGGCCCUCAGUCUUCUCAUCAUGCCUCAGAGCAUGUCGACCAAGUCCCGCGCCGAGACUCUCGACCAGAUGCUCGAGGCCCGCCUUCUACUCCUACUCGACGCGAUGGAGCGCGCCCUUUGGCGCUCUCCGAUCCCCUCACCCCUCGCGCUCGAACUUCUUCGUCUCCGGGGCGGCAGCAGCAUAGACGAGGCAGCGAAAUGGGGCGCCAAGCUCCUCGACUCGGGCAUCUCGGGGCCCAUCGGCGAUGGUCUCCUCAAGGAGCGACUGGCCAUCUGCUACGCGUCCAAGACGGGCCUCGGCUCCGUGGGGUGGGGCAACCGCACGCGCAAGGCGGCCAUCUGGGCCGUCCUCGCCGCCGAGGCGUGGCUCUUGCAGGGCAAAUACAUCCAGGCCCAGCGCAGCCUCAAUGAGGCGCAACGGCUGUACUCUGAGGUGCCGAAUCAGAAUGGCGUCAGCAAGUUUACGCUCGCGCAGGAAUUCGUCCUGGGACUGCAGAGGCAGCUCGACACUAGGUUAGAGCCUGCCGAGCCCGCUGGGCCGGAUGGACAGGCGCCGGAGGACGAGGUCGAGGUCCUUGUGGAUGAGGAGAGCGAGCCGCUGCAGCAGCAGGGCACCAUGCGGGCCAAGCGUGGGAGCGUCAUGGCGCGGCAGGGGGUUAAUGUGCUGGCGAGCUUGGAGACGGCGCCGCUGCAUGAGGUCGUCGCACUGGGCGAGAAGAGGGAGGGAGACACGUCGACUCAAGGGGGAUUUGAGGGCGGAUAG